AUGAAUCAAGGAGCCGACCCGACGGCUUCUGCGAAUGCUGCUGUGCCCCAGCCGAAGCCCAUUCGUUUCGUCACCAACCAUGAUGGUCCCUAUGCAAAGCGCCGUCGCAUCAAUUCGGCAUGCUUGACGUGUAGAAAGAAGAAGACGCGCUGUUCAGGUGAACGUCCGGUGUGCGGGACCUGCACCCAAAACAAACACGAAUGCGCCGGCUAUGGAGACGACAGCAGCGCAGCCGAUGCGCAAAAGGAUGGCAAGAAGACUCCAAGAAGAGAGAGUACCGUCUCUACUGGCGCCCCUUCCCGGCCACCAGAGCCCCCCAUCGACCCGCAGCUCACACGACCGCGCCUUCCGCAUACUAUCUCACAGAACUCUGACUCGAGCAACAUCAACAUCUCGCCAAAGACGGACCUCACUACCGGUAGUUCGGGCCUAAGCUUGAACACGCGGAAUAGGAUGCCAUACUUCAGGUACUUUGGGCCGACAGCCAUCGUACCUGGACUGAGGCAGAUGGUCGUCAAGGUGCGCGGAAAGCAGCCUGGGAGUGCUCAGACCACGUCAGAUCAAUAUGUUGUUGAAUCUUCACCAGCACAGCCAUCCGUGGGUUCGCCGCCUACAACUGAAGCCCGUACGCCAUUGGAAAUACCCAUAUACGACGCUUCAUCAAUGUCCCCCAGUCCACUCAUAACCCAUCUUUGCAAGCUCUUCUUCAUCCACCUAGGCUGCUCAUUUCCAUUUCUGCAGCGAGAGCGCUUCCUGCGCGACCUGGAAGAGAAGCAGGUAGAUGCGAUACUUGUAGAUGCUGUUUGUGCGUUGGCGGCCCGCUUCUCAACACAUCCAAUGCUGACUGGCAACGGCGAGCAGCAAAAGGAUAGUGAGACUGAUUCUCAAAAGGUUCAGCCUUCAGACUAUGGCCAAGCAUUUGCACAGCGAGCCAAGUCUGCCAUUCCGGAUGCCUUCCCAUGUCCCAGUGUGGCCGUAGUCCAGGCUGCGCUGCUUCUUGCGUACGACGAGUUCGGCGCAAGCCGUGAUAGUGGACUGUGGAUGUAUCUAGGAAUUGCCAUCCGGAUGGCGCAAGAUUUGGGUAUGCAAUCCAUUGGUGGUCUAAAGUACGAAGGUCGGCAUGGCCCUACGCCGAGUUCUGUCAAGAGCGAUCCCGAAGGUGGGCGGCCGGCUGAACAGACUACAUCGCAAGAGACGCACGGGAUGAGUGCGGAAGAACAAGAGCAACGGGCCGCCGAGCGUGAAAGAUUAGAUACCUUCUGGUCGAUAUUCUUCCUGGACCGUGUCAUUUCCUCGGGAACAGGACGCCCAGUCACUCUACGUGAUCGCGAUAUCGAAAUCACCUUUCCAUCUCUGGAUGAAGUCGAUUCUUCGGGGUGGCCACUACCCUAUCCUGCAUUGAUUCGCGUCAUACAUCUCUACGGUCGUGUAACCGAUCUCCUCAACCGGAUCAGGAGUCCUGCAGAUGUUACGACGGACCUGCACAAGCAACUAGGGGCUUGGGAAGACCGAUUGACAAGCAUCUACCAGAACCUGUCGCCAAAGCUACACUUCAAUGCCGUGAACUUCCAGCAAUACGUCAAGCUUAACCAAGGCACAAACUUUCUGUUAUUACAUUGCUGGUUUCACACGCUAAUAGUCCUGUUACAUCAACCUACACUCCUCAGGACCUUUGAAGGAACCCCACAGUCACUGUCUUCCAAUAGCAGAGAGCUCUCCAUGUCUUCCGCAAAGACCGUUGCGGAUAUUUUAGCCUUCACGGAGUUGAUUGAUGUGAAGACUGGAAUAGGCAAUCCGUUCACCAGUCAACCCAUAUAUAUUGCUGCAUGCGCAUUUCUCAAAGAGACCGCAAUCCAUUCGGCUUCGUCGCAACCUCAAUCUCGGCCCGCUAGUCCUGCUCAAAAUGGCGAGAAUGGUAGUCAGAAAGCGGCUACCAGCCAAUCCCUCGAUCGUCUCAAUACUGUCAACGACCGGGAGCAGAAACAGAGCGCUGCCAAACAUACACUGCUAGCAUCUGCCGCCAAUCAAAACUAUCAACGCUGUUACCGCGCGCUCAAGGCACUGGAGACAUAUUGGGCGGGAGUCAAAUACAUCAUGACUGUGUUGGAUCAAAAAGCAAAAGGCGUAGGCGAACCGCUUCUCUACACAGCAGAAGAGAUGGAGAGUGCGUUGGAAGCUCCCAGACCGGAACCCUCAUUCACUAGCCCUGGCUGGAGAAGAAAGCUCAGUUGGGGCACGUACUUAACUGCACAAAACUCAGAUGGCGACGUUGCAAAAAUGGCUGCUGCCAUUAGAAAAGGUGCAAGAACGCCAAAUGUGCCCGGGUCGCCCAUGGUGCAUCCCAGUCAAGCUAUCGGAUGGUCACUCACUGGCACAAUGAACUCACCAUCUACCAAUGUCGCCGUCAUGUAUACAUCCGAAAAUGGCGAGAGUCGAAGUACAAAACCCGCACCGCCCAAACAACCUCCAGCAAGCACACAGGCCUCUAUCACAUCGGUCAUAUCUGAGCCGCAGAUCAAGUUCGAGUCACAACCACCCCCAGCGCCAUCCACUUUCACACAAUUCAGUUCAGCAUGUAUGCCUCCGCCACCACCUAACCAAGCUUUCAGCAACAUGCCCGCACCAGAUCCUGUACUCGUCUCAGAUGCCGAUCUCCUCUUGAACCUUCAUUCACCAUUCUCGGGUGGCUCGCCGACCGCUAUAAGAGCACCGAUGCAAAACCCAACAUCGUACACGCGCCGUACGUCACAUAUACAGCCUUCACCCCAGACCGAGUUCUCGCCUACCUUUACCACAUUCAAUACCCCGUCGGACAACACGUUCGGCGACAUGGUCAUCGAUACCCAGGAUGUUGACAUGUCUCUGCUCGGAGCCGACAUGAUGCCUUGGGACCUUGAGUACCUUCCGCACGAGAUGCUUUACUUCAACGAUGGUAACUUUGGGAACGGUGAGUUUGGAGGAGACGGCGGUGCGCCUGGCAAUCAUGCUACAGGGUGA